UGCCGGUGUGCCUCAAAUUUUUGUAUUUUUCCUUGGAACAUCUUCCGAAAACCAACAACUUCACUAACCAGACAGACAGAAUCAGCACACACGAUCAUCCAGCAGAUGGACUCACCACCUGGUCGUCGGCAGGGCACAACCACCAAGAAGGCCGUCUCAUGGGAGCCGCCCCCACAAAGCAGGAUCCUUGUCAACUCGACUCCCUCCGAUAGCAGCCCAUCAAGCAGUCCUAGACACGAAGAGACUCAGGAGGAAUCAUAUCUCAGUGCACUAUUGGCGGAAACCCAAGUACCUCUCGCAGAUCUCUCGGAGCUUUCUGAACGACCAAGCAGCCCAAUUAGUUCACCCAAGCAACCCACCGAUCCUCUAUUAUCAAUCUCCGACAACUUCCCGCCCGACCUGCGCUUCCCAGAUGACUCGUCCUACAGCUUGGGCCCGGAGACCCAACAGGCACGUCUAUCGAUGGAGAAGCAUGCGCGCCUCUUUCAGGAAGAGUUUUCCAACGACGAUAGCAGCACAUCCGUCUUCCGCUUUCCAUCCGACCAGCCAGGCCGUGCUCCUGACCAAGCAACUCCUCCUCCCCCAGCCCUCAAUCAACCCGUCUUGGACACAUCCUCAAGCUCUUCUCAUCAACAAAGCAUCCCCACCGCAAAAGGGAAAAGUCGGGCCAGUGAAGAAGACGCGCCAGAAAAGGAAGCAGAACGCCCUGAACUCGUCCCUGGAGCCAAGCAAGAGACACAGAAACUUCCAGAAGGUGAACCCAGCCAAUCAUCAUCCGACGGUGGACAGGAUGGAGUGAUCCCUCUACAAAGUACUUAUCAGGAGGAGGGUGCACGUUCCCCUCAUCCGCCGGAUGUCACAAUGGAUCUUGCCUUCGGCCAAGCCGACCAGACUAGCCACCUCGAAGACACUCACCACCUCAAUGCCGAUCAGUCUCCUCUUCCUCCCACCAAACCCCCCCAGAUCUUCGGGCCUGAUUGGAACUCCGAAUCCCAGUCAAGUAUUCAAGUCCAAUCCACUCCGGCGCCUGUCACCCAAUCCAGCAAGAAGAACAUGCCCUCUCAGACUAAACCACCCCCAAAACCCGUCCCGGAAUCCAGCCCAUCUCCCACUCAAGACCCCCCAUCUCCGUCCAUUGACUCGGCCUCACAAAACCAGAGCAACACGGCUGAAACGAACUCUGCCUCGGUCGAUAGACCCGGGGACAAAGCUCAGAAGAGCCAGAAUCCUACAACCAAUGUCCAGACUGUAGGUUCAGAUUCCUCGCAGACCGCAUCACCUCGUCCAGCCUCCCAAAAGAUCUCUCUCACCGAGCCAACCACUCGGAUUGAUCCGGGCACUUCAAGCGCCGAAACUACGGCCAGUUUUGAUGAUACUACGACGGCCAGGGCUCUGCCCAGUGACACACCCGACCACGAACCGACCGAUCACUCUGCACCCUCGAAUGAACAGUCCAAACAGCUCCCUGGCUCUCAGCGCUCGUCUGCGCAUCCUGAUGCCCCGUCUGACUCCCACGAAACAGCUCAAGCUUCUCAGUCACAACAGAGCCGCGUCGAAGAUCAAUCGAUUACUGAGAAAACCACUCAAAACGCCUCUUCACUCCGGCCAACUGAUUCUCAAAAAAGUCAGCCGACCAGACAAGAAAGCCCUAAAACACCGUCAACCAGUGCCAUAGAUCCACAAGUGCCGUCUACUGAUGUCAACCCUCAAUCGCCUACGGAUCGUUCCGCAUCCUCAUCGGCGUUACAAAAGUCGGCACCUGACUCUACCACCGAAAGGGAACCGGAAGAGCCGAUGGAGGUCGAUGAACAGGUCUCUUCAGGGACGCCAGCAGAUCCACUGUCUCAGUCUAGUCGAUCUGAAAGAAGCGCGCGUACUGCCCGCAGUGACAAAAGGAAGAGGUCACAUUACGAAACGGACCAGGAGACAAACUCGGCGCUUUCGGAUAUAGAAGAAGAGGGUUCCGGACGCCAGAACAAAAGAGGUUCCCGUCGGGCCCGUGACCACUCAUCCUUGCAGGUGGACCCGGGUGUCUCUGGAGAAGAGUCGAGCUCCCUGUCGGCUCCGGUGAACACCAGUCGAUCGUCUGACAAGUCGUCCGGAUCUGCUAAACGCUCCAAUCUCAAAUCCGUAUCUCGUCGGCCAUCCCCUGCGGUCUCUGUCGUCAUCCCUCGAUUGGAUAGGUCCCAGCUGCCCCGGUCCUCUAGAUCCAAAACCCCGCGCCCGCCACCACCAGAGCCUCCUUCGGGUACUAACAUGCCUCCAGUCUUGUCGGUUCCAAGAGUGUUGGCCUACCGAUCAGACUGGCAGGCUUUUGCUCCGGGCCAGGUGAGCUCGGUGACUCCGGACAAAGUGAUAGUCCGAUACGACGAUCAGAGCUCGGAGCCUCGAGAUCUCACCCAACUGCGUCUCUGUCACAUCCGGGCGGGUGAUGUGGUGAAGUACAUCGGGACGGACCUCGCAGAUGGGGAGUCACAAGUGACGACUGUGCGUGAGCCGAAGCGGGUUCUGCGGGUGGAAAGAGCGGUCGAUUCGGUGGGGCCGAUCAACUCUCACAACGACCUUUUGGUGACGUGUGAUGAGAGUGACUAUAAGGCCCAGUCGGGGACAUCGGGCGGGUCGAGUCGGCCAGAAGGCCGGUUCCUGGUCGAGGCCAUUAUGGUCAUUCCUCCGGGUUCUCGCCGGCACACUGGGCUGAAGGAUCGAGCGCUGCCACAACAGAUUAUCCAGGAGCUGCGCGAGCACAUGAGGGCCCACAGUGGAGUAGGCAUGCGUGCCAAGCUUGCGGUCCCCCAGUCAGGCCGGUCCGGCCAGCUCGUCGGGCCCGACCACAUCUUCCAGGGCUUCGGCAUCCUCCUCACCGGCGCCGCCGUCUCUGCCGUCGAGCCCAAGCCUGCCACACGCAAACGCACCCAAUCAAGCUCCUCCUCGCGCGGUCUCAUCGAGCAGCAGAUCCGCGAUCGUCAUGGCACCGUCAUCGACAAAGUCGCUGAACUGUACGAACUCGAUGGCUCCGAUCUCGUCCUCCUCAAUAAGCCCGGCUCUGGCGCUGCUACCUCUCUCUCGACGCCCUUACUCUCUGGCCUUCCUCCGUCCUACCGGCUCUCCCCUGCGCACAAGCACCUCAAACUGAGGUCCAUCCUGCUGGUCGCUGAGGCCCCGGUCAAAACGUUGAAAUAUCUCUUGGCUCUGGCCUUAGGUAUCCCAUGUGUAUCCGCCAAAUGGGUGACCCAUAGUUGCGAACAAGGACAUGCGCUCGAUUGGGAGAGAUACAUGAUCGGCCCCGGGCCCUCGAUCUUCCUCGGCGGCGUCCCCGCACUCGUUAACCUCCAGAUCCCGCUCCUUCGUCGCGCCGAUCACGACCUCAAAGCGAUCUUCGACGCCCGCGGCUCUCUCGAGAUCCUGCAGGGCAAAUCGAUCAUCUACGUUUCUUCGAAGGCUAAGCCGAAGAGCGACUGGAACGAGACCGUCAAGCCGAUUCUGUGUGCGAGCGGGGCGACGAGGCUGGGCUUUGCGGAGGCGAAAGCGCUGACGGAGCAUCUGGAGAGCGGGGCCCUAAGCGGGGUGGAUUAUCUGCUUUUGGAAGACCAUCUGGGGCUGACGAAGCUGCCGACGGCCGUCCGCACACGCUCCAACCAGCUCCCGGCCAAGCGCAGGAAACUCGCCCGGACCGCUUCCGCCUCUAGUCAUGUCAGCGACGUCCCCUCUCCCGACUCGUUCAAAGUCGUCGACUUCGAGUGGCUCAAGCAGUCCCUCAUUUACGGUCGCGUCCUUCAACCUCAGUUAUUCGCUUCCUCUGCUUCGUGAACUUGUACCCUUCUUGUUUAUUCCUUUCUUCUUCUUCUUUGAAACAACUGUUCUUGAAUCCCGUCUUCUUCUUCUUCCGAGGUCGUCUGAUAAUACCCUUUGCUCUCUUUAAAUCACUUUCAAUCAUCUCCACCAUACACCCUUCUUGGCAAACAAACCAAUGUAAAUCCAGUUACCAGUUCAUCCUCUGCUUUCGGACCAGCACUUAUUCUGUAUCUCAUCAUCCCCCAUGAUCUCUUGAUUCGCUUUCUUUUCUUCAUCACAUCUUGCUUGUUUUUCUAUCUGCAUCUUGCAGUUUUCAUCAUACCUCUUCCCUCAAAGCGUUGCAGAAACCCUCUCAGCAAACUUGAAAAAAAUAAAUAGUGCAUUGUUUGAAAUAGUGUGAAUUAUAUAACUGUUGAUUGGUGUAUCUUGAAGCGCACUCCACAUGGAUUAAUCUAAGCUAGAAAGUACAUGUACAUUUGUAAUUAAGGUGGCUUGUUACCCAUGCAAUCAGAACAAUCAAAGAAAACAGGCUUUGUUUUAGGAUUACACAUGGUCUGAUUCUGAAGUUCU